AUGCCUGGUAGAAGAAACCAAGGCAGAGGCGGUCAAGGUGGCCGUGGAGGAAGAUCUGCGCAGCAGACUGGUCGAGGGUCUCAAGGAAAGAAGGCCAAACAAAAGAGACAGUAUCACCCUCACAACCUUGAAUUUACUCACGGUCAGGUGACGGUGUACUUGCUUGAGGCUAUAGCACUCAAGAGUUUGGACUACACUCAAGACAAAAUGAGUCUGUUAAUUAUUACAGAAGACGGUUCAAAGCCCAAGCUGAUCAAGUGUUCGAGAUCCUUAGGGUUCGCAUCGGAAAAGAAAGUCAGUUGA